AAUACACACAUUUGUUAUUUUAUUAUGUUUAUGUGGACUUUAUUUUGUGGUUGAGUGAUUUUGUAUUUGUGAACAAUGAACGUCGUGUCGAAUUUCUGUUAAUUUGUUUGUAACCAACUUUCAACCGAUCCUGAUAUGUACGACAAUUGUUUUCCAGAAGAAAAACCUCAUGGUAACAUGUUGGAUUUUAAGGUUUUUACAUUAAACUGCUGGGCCUUAGCAGUAGUUUCUAAAAAUCGAAAAUCAAGGAUAUUAGCAAUAGCAGAAGUGAUAUCUAAAAAUAAUUAUGAUGUCGUAUGCCUGCAAGAAGUGUGGACCAACAGGGAUUUCUUUUUGCUGCGGGACGGCCUUCACAAGUGCUUACCAUACUCUCACUAUUUUUACAGUGGAGUCACUGGCUCAGGAAUUUGCAUUCUAUCAAAACAUCCCAUAGAAGAAACAUUUUUCCAUCAAUGGUCUGUAAACGGUUACAUCCACAAGUUACACCAUGGAGACUGGUGGGGAGGUAAAGGUGUAGCCCUAUGCAGGCUCAGAGUGAAGCAGGAAAGUACAACCUAUUUCGUUAAUGUCUAUUCUACACAUCUUCAUGCUGAAUACAAUAGAGCCUCAGAUGAUUAUCAAGCACACAGAGUCCUUCAAGCUUAUGAUACAGCUCAAUUUAUCUUGCUCACAUCUGGAUCUUCUGAUCUUAUAGUUUUAGCUGGGGACCUUAAUACAGAGCCUGGGGAUUUAGCUUAUCGGGUUUUAUUAACUGUGCCUGGACUAAAAGAUGCUUACAUUGAAGCUGGUAAUGUUUCCCAAGAGAAAUUUGCCACUUGUGAAGCUUUACAGAACAGCUACACACCAGCGGGAAUGGUGAAACAAAAAUUAUUGGGUAAAAGAAUUGAUUAUGUGAUGUAUCAUCCUGGAUCGGGAGUCAAUGUGGAUUUAAAAAAAUAUUGUUUGCCUUUGCCAGAUAGAGUGCCAAAUCAAACUUAUAGUUACUCAGACCAUGAGGCAAUCUAUGUAGAGCUUUUACUAACAAAAGGUCCAACAUCAGCCAAAAAGUGUUUGGAUGAUUCCUCCAAGGGGCAGGUCCUAGAAGAGUGUAUUGUUUUGUGUAAUGAAGCCUUAAAGAGCAUCUCUAAGACAAAAUUCCUCUAUUGGUCAGCAGUCAUAAUUUUGUUCAUUCUAUUUCUGAUAAGUCUAAUUGUUCCUGCUUUAGUUGAAUUUGAUUUUACUCAAGGCAUUCCCACAGUAGUGGCAAUUAUAAGGGUAAUUGUCACUGCUUUAUUUUUGUUUUGCUUUUUAAUGGCUACUUUAUGGAGUAGAAUUGAAAUGCAUGGUGUAUUAUCUGGGAAAUUAGCUAUGGAAAUGUCUUUGAAAAAAAUAAGAGAGUGUCCGCAAGCUUUAUAACAUUAUAUUAUAUUAGAUAUGAUAAGUAUUUAAGACCACUAAUUGCUAAAUGAGAUUCUAAAUCUAUAUGUUAAAAAGAGACUGGUUUAUUUUAAUAACUGUGACUUACUAUAUAAAAUGCAAGGAAAAUUUUAAUAUAUGUUUUUCUAAGAUUUGUUAAUAUUGCUCAUAUCAAAAUAAAUACUUUAAAUUAAGUAAAUUUGAGUGUGAUAAAUGCAACAGUUAAGCAUCUUGAUUGUAUGAUAAAACUUGUAUGGCUGUAAAAAAUUGUAUUUUUUUACCAAUAAAAUGAUAGUAUAUAUAAAAUGGA